GUAUAGCCUACAAUUAACCGUCUGAUACAGAAUUGUCAGAAAAUGUCUUCGAAACAAUUACCUAGCAUAUAUAGUGGAACAUGAAGUUCUUGCUAUACAGGCUUCAUCAGCUAUUGUAGGCUACGCGAGACAGCAUGUGUACUGGGGAUAUUCUACAGAGACUACAUCACCCAUAAUACAUUGGGGGCACUGGCGCGCACACACGGAAGGUUUGGACAAAAGCGUUGGCAAUUAGUCAGACUGAGACGACUUCAGAUCUCAGCAGAAGCUGAAUUCAGCAGCAGCAAGAGAAAUCCCCCAUUUGACUGAAACUUUGACUGAGCAGCCUGGGCUCGGUCUGUAAUUACCUCAGCAGGAGACUGCAGGAAGGUGACGAGGUUGCCGCAGUGACAUUAACUUCUUUGACUACAACACCAUGACUACUCUCCGCUUUGGACAGCACGUCAUCAAGGCCUCGGCUGUCUUCCUUCAGACAGAGCUGUCGUUCGCCUUGGUCAACCGCAAACCAGUGGUGCCUGGACAUGUUUUAGUGUGCCCUCUGCGUCCUGUGGAGCGCUUCCGUGACCUCCGCCCGGACGAGGUGGCCGAUCUAUUCAGCAUGACGCAGCGCGUGGCCAGCGUUGUGGAGAAGCAUUUCUGCGGCACCUCUUUGACCAUUGCCAUGCAGGAUGGCCCUGAAGCUGGACAGACUGUGAAGCAUGUCCAUGUCCAUGUGCUGCCAAGGAAGACUGGAGACUUUGAAAGGAAUGAUAGCGUCUACGAUGAGCUCCAGAAACACGACAAGGAAAAUGAAGAUGUUCCUUCUAAGUGGCGAACAGAGGAGGAAAUGGCAGCAGAAGCUUCAGCCCUGAGGAAACUCUUCAGUUAGCCUUCUCUGGUAAACCACACUGAUGAAGGGCAGAUAGAAAUAUUAGUCCUCAGACCCAGAGAGAGCUUUGAAAUAUUAGGCCCCAUUAGGUGUAUGAUCGUGUAUACAGCUUUAGUCCUCCUUUCAGAAGAGCAACUGGAUGCGCUUUGGAAAUGUAUCACCUUUGUCCAUCUGUGGAAACAUCACAGUUUUCUUUUCUAACUGUUCACUGAAAAGAUUCAUUAUUAUUCAAUAAACAGUUGACUGUG